AUGAAUAUUGCGCUGCAGAUAGCCUCGAAAUGGGCGUCCCGCUUCGGACUAUGCAUGACACUUUCCGUCCCUAUUUGCCGUGUCAACCAGCAGGCUGAGUGGAGAGUGCCUGACAUUGUGUCCGCAGCAGCUGAAUCAUCCCCAAAACCACCAGACCACCAAGUGAUGACCGAUGGUUGUGGGUACAUGAACCUCGCGUUGGCACAAAGGAUACAGAGUGUUAUGGGAUUAGAUGAGGUGCCUUCUGCUGUUCAAAUGCGGCUCAAUGGUGCCAAGGGAAUGCUGGUGCGACACCCGUAUAACCAAUCCGGCGAGUGCAGUGUAGGGAUUCGACCAAGCCAGCGGAAAAUUGCUCUCCCUUCUCCGGACCUUUCCCAACAGAUAUUGGAACUUGUCCGAGUCCCGAUGUUCAAAACCUCUGUGAUUUUGUCUUCGGAGAUCCUCCUUUGUUUAGAUAACGGUGGAGUUCCACAGACAGUGAUCGAAGAUUUGUUCGAGUUGGGUCUGCGGUCGGAGAUUCUGCCUCUGUCCCUGACCGACGACAUAUCACGCGAAAAAAUAUGGGACCUCCUGGACAGUAAGGCUGCAGCGACUAAACUUCGUCGGCAACGACCAGAUUUUAGCAGAGCAUUAGGUCUUGUGUCACCCCAUGCUACAGAUAUUUUCAGCAUGGACGAGUCAACGUCGGAGCACAGCUUCAGUAUCGCCCAGGAUUUCGAUAUGACGCAGGAUGAUGACCCUUAUUCUGGCUUUCCCAUCCGCCGAGAGGAAGCUAUCAAAUCAUUUCUUGACUCGGGCUUCGACCCAGAGCGUUGUCCCCAAUUGCGAAAAAUGAUCAGACAGAUUAACGACAUGAUAAUCAAGUCUUACAAAGAGAAGUGCCGUGUGAAGGCACCGUUCAGUUUUGAGGGGUUUGCCAUACCUGACCCCUAUGCCAUUGAUGAUGCCAGUAUGGGUGUUCUACGGCCUGGGCAGAUCUACUGCAGGUCGUCCAGGCCUUGGAUAAAUGCCAACGGCGACAAGCAGUACACAGUUCUCGGGCCAGUCCUAGUCACUAGACACCCUUGCAAAUUUGCAUCCGAUGUCCAAAAGUUCGAGGCGGUUGAUUGUGGAACCCUCAUGGGCUUUACCGACAUUGUAAUCUUCUCAUGUCAAGGAUCCCGUUCACCUCUUAGUAUAAUGGGUGGUGGCGACUACGACGGGGAUACGGUAGUUGUAAUUAGCCAGCCAGAAAUUGUGAACGGCUUUGAGCAAGCAUCAAGGCACGCGCUUGAUCCUCCCGCAGACUUUGUGAACAAGAACUUUAUCAAGGAAAAGGCGCCUGUUCCACACCGCGGGACUUCCAUGUUUUUGGACGAACGAGAAAGCGACAGGACGGUUCAAAGAAUUCUCCUGUCCUCACUUCGCAGAUUACCGCUUGUUGGGGCGUAUUCGAAUAUGCACGAAUUAGCUGUGUACCGACAUGGGUAUACUCAUCCCGCUGCAGAACGCCUUGCGCAUAUGUUUUCAGCAACAAUGGACGAUGUUAAGUCCGGGUUACGAGUCCUCCCCGAUGUUCUCAGGGCCGAUCAGAAUGAAUGGUCGCAAUGGCAGCGACCAGCCUGGAAACGAGGCUCAACACAAUCAACUGGCGCAUUUGCAACGAACCCUAACGAGCUCGAGAAGCAGCCAUUACCGCGGUCCCCCGAAGCAAGUUCACGCACCUUCAUUCUAGAGCGAAUGUAUCAAAAAGCAACGGCCACAGCGACCGCAAUUCGUAAGGAAUUCGACGAGGCGGAUGAACAAAUUUAUAAACCUCUUUGGCGGGACGCCCACUUGAUUGAACCCCACCGGGACGCCUUGAAGCGUUCGGAUCAAAUGGCAGAUCCGGUCAAGGUUUUGUUUCUUCAGGAGCUUCGCGCCAUCGAGGAUGUGAUUCGAGAAACUCGCAAGCGCUACCUGAACGAAGUGGAAGAGAAGUUGAAGUUGAAGUUAUACUCAACAGAACGCCGAGCGACCGUAUUGCUUUUAUCCUCCUCCGUUCGAAACUCUCUGAGCAAGCUCAGCUCUGUAUACAUAAGCUCUAUGGAGGGGACUAUCAUUGCAGCGUCAUAUGCCUAUCUUCAUGACCUAGAUGAAUGGAACGAGACAAGGCACUCGCCUCACUGUGAAGGAACACUAUUUCCCUGGGAAUUGUUCUUUCGCGAGUUGAGGGAGAUCAAAGCAAAAGCUCUGGGACUACACAAUACUAUCAUUCCUUCUAGUUACAAAAGCUUCAAAAUGAACAGUAAACUUCUCAAAUACCAACAACUGAUGUCUAACCCCCUGCAGUGA